GUUGUCAGAAGGCAAAACCCAUGGGUGAAACCACCUUGAAUAUCAAAAUCAAAAACCACCCAAAAUAGGGUUAACAAAAGAUCUUGGUAUAGUCUUUUAUCACUCUGUGCCAAGUCAAACUCGGGUUGCUCUUUUCUUAUAAGGCGGGGGUUGCAUUUGCCAGGCUGGCUUCCUUCAUCAGAUUCCCGGCACUGGCACGCCAGUGUGGGACUCUGCUACGUCGAAGCAUGGCUUCAGUUGCCUCUGCAUCGGCUGCUGCUGCUGCUACAGCUGCUACUCCGGUCGUUUCUACAGCUUCCGGCGAAUCAACCACUCCGAAAAUACCACAAAAGUCAUCAAAACAGCGGAAGAAGCAGCCCUCAAAGGAAGAUCACGCACUACCGAGCGACCCGGAAGUGAUUUGGCCCCCACCAUAUGUGAUUGAAGAUGGACUGAGGAGGGUAGAGCCGUACCAUUUUGCUUAUCGCACAUGGGUUAAGGAACGAUGGCGUGGCAGGGCACUGGUUGAUGUUUUCGAGAGCGAGUUCAGAGACAGGCCGAUCGAGUACUACCGGGAAUGCAUGGAGAAGGGGAGCGUCUUGGUAAACGCCAAGAAGGUCGGGCCGAACCACAUCCUGAAGAACGGAGAGCUCAUCGCCCAUAUCUGCCACCGGCACGAGCCUCCCUGCACAGCCGACCCCGUUCAGGUCCUCCACGAGGACGACGAGAUGAUCGUCAUCAACAAACCGUCGGGCAUGCCUGUCCACCCUGCCGGAAGAUACAACUUCAACUCGGUGGUCGAGGUUAUGCGGUCCGAGCGGUCGCGUGACUUCAAGGCCUACCCAUGCAACCGCCUCGACAGGCUGACCAGCGGCAUUAUGUUCAUCGCAAAGACGCCUCAGGCCGCGUGCAAGAUGGGCGAGCAGAUCAUGGGGCGCACAGUCCGCAAGGAGUACUUGGCCAGGGUCAUUGGGCGCUUCCCCGACGGCGAGGUCAUUUGCAACGAGCCCAUCCUGCAGAUCUCGCCCAAGCUUGGGCUGAACCGUGUCAGGGCCAACGGACGGCACGCCCGUACCGUCUUCAAGAGGCUGGCAUACUAUCCCCCUGCAGAAGGACAAGGCAACGAGGCAAAGCCCGGAGAGGCAGCCAAUGGUAGGCCGUGGAGGAACAAGCAAGGCUAUUCCAUUGUGCGCUGUCUUCCUGUUACGGGUAGAACUCACCAGAUCAGAGUCCACCUGCAACACCUUGGACACCCGAUCGAGAAUGACCCGAUCUAUGCGAACUACAAGGUCUGGGGGCUUAACCUUGGGGCCAACGAUGGCGAUGCUAGCCUCAAUAGCGACGAGGAUAUUAUCAGUCGUCUCUCGCGCAUGGGGAAGGAGGAUGUUGCCGAGGCAGUUGCAUACUACGACGAGAUGGUCGACGAGUACUACAAAAAGAAGGCCGAAAAGAUGUCAGGAGAACUCUGCAAGGAGUGCGACACCCCUCUGUACACAGACCCUGGGUCUCACGAGCUCUCACUAUGGCUACACAGCCUACGCUACGAGGACUCUGGAGGUGCCUGGAGCUACUCGAGUCCGAUGCCGAAAUGGGCUCUGCCCCCCGACGGGAUGAACGGUCCCGUAGAAGUGGGAGACAUGAAGGAACUGGUCGUUGCAGUCAGGGACACCAAUCCAGAGCUCGUAUCAGCCGACGUAGCUUGUGAAACAUGAUGCUCGAUCAAGUUCGUCCAGAUCCUCGAGGUCCAAAUGGGACCAAGGUUCGACGACCUGCAGAUCGGCUACUCGCGCCAUGGCGAUCUUCUCUACUUUUGGGGAUGCGGUAGGCUGGCAAUAUUCGGGCACCCUCCGACUGAAACGUGGACUUUGGGGGGUGAGGACCGGAAGCUCAUGGAAGAGGUGCGAGUCGAACGGGAAGCAGUAAAUCUCCGAGAGUCCUCCUUGGCAGAGAGCUGGCUAAUGUUACCUUUGCAACGACGGACGCACACAGCAGCUUCCCGGAAAGGCUGGAUUCCCAUGGGCAGCAUUAAUGAAACAAGGCUUUACCGAGUAUUCUGGGGACCUCCAGGUACCAGACGGGGCAUUACAAACAAAACAACAGCGACGAAACACGGAUGAUAAGCCCAGUGCCAAAAAGGAGCUUUCGGGCGCUGCAUGCACAUAGUACAGGUGUUAAUACGCAGAAGUAGUAGUAGGAAACAAGAGAAUCCUAGCCGCAUAUAAAACAUCCUGGACCCUGUACAACUAACACGUUCGUCCGGGGCCAAUAAAUUGUACAUCAAACCCUCGGCUGAUAGUCCCGACCACCUAUUACAAAGGAGGAACAGCCACAGAGUAGCAAAGCGGCGCAACAGAAACCGCUAGGAGCAGCUGAAGUAUUCCGCCCCCGCCUCGGAAGAGGGGAAGUACGUGGUAAAGCAGAAGAGCAGGGAGAGACAGAAAGAAAGAAAAAAGAUAGAAGAAAGAAAAAAAAAACGUGACUCGAAUUCGGGGCCACGCUGAUCCUUUCUUUUUCUUGUUCAUAUUCCUCCGUUAAAGCAAAAAUAUCCGACCAGUAAGGAACAGUGCCGGUCC